AGGCGGAAGUAGGGUCAGGCUGGCGUGCGCGCUCAUGUGAGUGAUCCUGCGAGGUACUAGAGACGCUCCGCGGCUCGCGCGCUCUCAGAGAAUAACGCAAUAAACCGGAGUAUUCACCGACGACACACUGAGGCCGCGACACGCGUUUGAGAGAAGGAAACAUCUGCGAUGUCAUUUAUAUUCGACUGGAUCUACAGAGGCUUCAGUGGAGUGCUGCAGUUUUUAGGUUUGUAUAAGAAGUCUGGAAAGCUGGUUUUUCUCGGGCUGGAUAACGCUGGGAAGACGACUCUUCUGCACAUGCUCAAAGACGACAGAUUAGGACAACAUGUGCCCACGUUACACCCCACGUCAGAGGAGCUGACCAUCGCAGGGAUGACCUUCACUACGUUUGAUCUGGGAGGUCAUGUACAAGCCCGGAGAGUGUGGAAGAACUAUCUUCCUGCGGUCGACGGCGUGGUGUUCCUGGUGGACUGUGCGGAUCACGAGCGUCUCUCAGAGUCGAGGCUGGAGCUGGACGCUCUGCUGACAGACGAGACCAUCUCCGGCGUUCCCGUGCUGGUUUUGGGGAAUAAGAUCGACCGUCCGGAGGCUGUGAGCGAGGUUAGACUGAGAGAGGCGUUCGGUCUGGACGGACAGACCACUGGGAAGGGCGGCGUGUCUGUGAAGGAGCUGAACGUGCGUCCGCUGGAGGUCUUCAUGUGCAGCGUGUUGAAGAAGCAGGGUUACGGCGAAGGCUUCCGCUGGCUCUCGCAGUACAUCGACUGAUUUCAUCCAUUCUGGCCUGAUUUGAUUUUAGUAUCAGCCAUAAGUAUGGAAACCCCUUUCUGACACCUGAAGA